CUGAGGCGAAGGGUCUUCCUCCAUGAACACCGUCAUUCAUCAUCUGUAGCUCGCCGUCGACGAUGAGCUUGACCAAACGGACGCCUACAAAAGCCUCAGCCGGAAUCCUCAAGGGUGAAAGUCGCGACGCAUCGGCCUCACUUACUGGCAGCACUCAACAUUUUCCCUCCAAACUGCAAUGUACAGGCGAAGCAGACUCCACGCCGCCACACCUUGACUCGUUUUCAUCCAUUGGCGAGGAUCCUUCUAGUGAGAUGAGUGGCGACGAGAGCGACAGCCCGCCACAGGAGCGCCCGGUGUCGAGGACGAGGCGAAGGAGUUCGAGCAGUAUUAGGGCGGAAGCGGUCUUACCCAACUCAUCACCUCCAGUCGCACACGGCACGAAGUCGUCGUGGACCGACUUGGACCUAUCUGUUGUCGUCGCAUUAGCAGCACCCAUUGGAAACUGGCUCACGGGCAACGACCAUCUGAAGAACUUGUUUCUCAUCCUUCUCCUCAUCAUCUACCUCCACCAACUCAUUCAAGUGCCAUGGGAGCUUUACCACUCUGCUCGGGCACGUCGUCCUCACCCGUCCACACUUCCCUAUAGCCCUUCCAACGCAGCAAUUGACCGUCAAGUGCGCCUCGCGGCCACCGAACUCUAUCGGCACGAGCUCAUAUAUCUUGCCUUCUCCAUCGUGUCCCCAUUUCUCGGAGCUGCUCUUCUUCGCUACGUUCUUACAACCCUCAGCGGCGCCGGUACGUUAUCGUGGUUCAGUACGACCCUAUACGUCCUCGCCACCGGUGUUCGGCCCUGGUCACACUUCCUUGCUCGCCUUCGUGAGCGUACCGACUCACUGCAUGACGCAAUACACUACCCUUCACCUGCCACGCAACUAGUCGCCGACACCAAGCUCGAUUCACUCGUCUCACAUAUGGAGCAUCUUGAAGAAGAGUUGGCUACUCUCAAGGAGUCUAUGGCCGCACGCGACAAAGUCGAGGAGGCGUACGACGAUCUCAAUACCGCACUAGACGAUGUAGAGCGUACCGUUCGCCGACAGGAUCGAAAAAUCGAAUCCUCUCGCAACUCGCAAGAGGCUCGGCUCAGCGCCUUGGAAAAGACUGUUUCGAGGGUCUCACACACCAAACGAGCCGACAGGAUGAGCCACACAGUGCCAGCCGCACAAUAUGCACCCUUCCCGGACAAAGCUGGAUCUUCGUCCCUCCUGUCAUUCCUCCUCCGUCUCACGUAUAUCUGCUGGUCCAUCAUAACCCUCAACUUCGCUACCGUUCCGGUCGCGUUACACUCUCCCUCCGUGAAGACCACCAAAACCCCAUCCGUCUCCCCACCCAACCCGAAGUCACCCGUUCACCGUAUCAAUUCUCUCCAAACACUCGAGACCAUCCAGGAGGAUGCGUCAGAAGGUCUCCUCGGCGAGACGUUCUCCGAAACCGAUUACGAUGAGGAUCCAAAGUUCGUGGACCAGCUAGUCACAUCCCCUACGCCCCUCGCGGAAGACGAUGAACCUGGUAUCCAGGCGCAUGUACAGACUCGUGGGCGGAAGAAGAAGCCGGCCAAACCCACGCCACAGAGGGCCUUCGUGGAGGUUGUGCAGGAUGUGGUGACCUUGCCGUAUCAUGUCGCGGUGAGGGUCCUGACGGCCGUUGUGCCGCCUGUGCAGCGAUUGUUCGGUACUUAAUUCUCUUGCGUGAUCCUCUGGGCUAAUGAUUGCACUUGCACUAUUCUUUGUGCGCUCGUGGUAUCUGAAACUAAUAUUGUACGUUCCCUGCGUUUUUGUUAUCCUGUACCGUUAGCUCCGACUCGGUCGUGAUUCAUUCAUUCAUUCUGCUCUGUCCCUAUGAUUAUCUUUUUGCUGCACUUGUCCUCGCAUUAGUUCUGACUCAGUCCGUUCCAUGUCUUCCGUCGCUUUCGCCGCUAUUUUUUUUCUUUCUUUCUGCCGAAGUUGGUGGUCGGCCUGUACGAGUCUGCGUGUUUUAUUUGAGCCUUUCAUGGAACCUUACUUCGCCCCCUUAGUUCAAAUCUUAUAGUCUCCUUGUAUCCUCGUGGCCCCACAGUACGCUUCCCGUACAUAUGAUAUCUUAGCCAGCUCGAGUUUGCC